CACUGCGCGUGUAAGCGUUGGCUGUGCGCAUUCGAAUUUGGAACAUAGUCGAGUGACGCCGCGCUUUUUUGCCGUGCGGUUCGAAUUUCGAAAGUUUUUAGUUUCGAUUCGUGCGGAAAAUUAGUGCGUCAAAAGCAAAAAUUGUGCAUCGUUUUCUGUUAAGAUUUGGUGCAUAUUUUUGUUUGCUUUGUUUAUUGUUCGUGAUAGUGAAUUUUAGCAGUUCGAAAGCCUCAUCAAAAUGGAUUUGGAGUUUCGGAACUUGACGUAUACAGUGCACAGCCGACUAGCUAGAGGGCCCGGAAAACAAGUCAUUAAAGGCGUCAGUGGCAGGUUUAUGUCUGGGCAGCUUAUAGCUAUUAUGGGACCUUCGGGUGCCGGCAAAAGCUCUCUUCUUAACAUUAUAUCAGGAUACAAGUCCGGAGGAAUCACAGGCGAGCUUCUAGUGAAUGGACAGAUACGUGAUGAGCAGCAAUUCCAAAGAUCAUCAUGUUACAUCACACAAGAGGACCUCCUCCAGCCAUUGCUGACAGUGCGCGAAGCUAUGGACGUCGCAGCUAAGUUCAAACUGCCAAAGGGCGUGAAGAUUCCCUCAGAGGAAAUACUACAGCAGCUUGGCUUGUUAGAACACCAACACACUAAGACUGAUCAACUUUCUGGAGGACAGAAGAAAAGGUUGGCAAUAGCGCUAGAACUAGUGAACAAUCCACCUGUAUUCUUCCUCGAUGAGCCAACGAGUGGUUUGGACAACGUCACCACGGUGCAGUGCGUCAAACUGCUCAAGCAGUUGGCGCGACAGGGGAGGACGGUGGUGUGCACCAUACAUCAGCCACCGGCAUCGCUCUUUGAACUGUUUGACCAGGCGUAUAUAUUAGCGGACGGUUGCUGCAUCUACCAGGGCGACACAGACGCGAUGGUGCCACAUCUGCAGAGCAUCGGUCUGGCUUGCCCAAGGCACCACAAUCCCGCAGAUUUCAUAAUAGAAGUAACAGAAACCGCGCAGAACAUAAAGAUGCUGUGUGACGAAAUAUUGAACGGAAAACUGUACAAAUCGGCCAAAGUAGACACCGUUCCAACGGAACCCAUAAACAACAUGCACCUCAAAGUUUGCUACCAAAUAGAAGAUGAAUGCGGGGAAACAGAAAUAGUAUUAUCAAAUGAGAAAUGCACGUACAAAGUUAAACAGUACAAUGAAGACAGUGAAUCAACGACGUCUUUGAGUCAGUUGUCGAGAGACGAUUCCUCGAUGGCGUGGAUGAAGAUAUCGAACUCGACUUGCAGUUAUCCAACGACUUACUUCCAGCAAUUCUCGAUAUUGCUAGUUAGAAUGAUGGUGCAGAUAUCCAGGAAUCGGCAAGCGUUAUGGAUCCAGACAAUCCACCACGUGAUGUGCGCCGUCCUGGUCGGGUUAUGCUUCUUCGGCACGGCCAACGACGGCUCGCAGAUGUUCAACCACCUCAAGCUGUGCGUUGGUGUCGUCAUAUUCUUCUCGUACACGCAAAUUAUGGUGCCGGUUUUAGUUUACCCCCAAGAAGUAAAGCUGGUGAAAAAGGAACACUUCAACGGCUGGUACAGCUUACCGCCGUACUAUGCCGCGUUGACUGUGUCCAAACUCCCAGUGCAGCUGACUCUGAACAUGGUAUUCUGUACCAUUGUGUUCUUCAUGGUGGGAGUGCCCUUCGGCGUGGCCAGGUUCAUCGUGUUCUGUUUGAUCGCCAACAUCGUCUCCCUGGUGUCUGAAGGCAUCGGGAUGGCGAUCGGAUCAGUUUUCAGUGUCAGGAAUGGAUGCGCCAUCGGGCCAGCAGCGAUCGCCCCGUUCCUCGGGCUGGCCAUUUACGGCUUUGACUUCGCUCACAGAAUCCCCCUCAUGAUGAACAUUAUUAUGAAGACUUCCUUCAUCAGGUGCGGUGUGGUGGCUAUGAUCCUCACAGUAUUCGGCUUCGGAAGAAAAAAACUUGACUGCAAAGACGUGUACUGCCACUUCGCCAAACCGGACGUCCUUAUCAGAUAUCUCGACAUUGAGAACAGUUCCGUUUGGUAUGAAAUCCUCAUCAUGGUCAGUAUCAUGGUCACUGUCAGAUUCAUGUGCUACAUGGGCCUAAGAUGGCGUUUUGCGACGUGAUUAUUGAAAUUUAACAUUACUUGAGUAAUUCAUUGUGAUAAUAAUGAUAGAAACACAUUUGUAACAUGCCACCCAUGUGACAUCACACCAAGUAUUGAGUUAAAUCAAAUGAAGCCACAAUUAUACUUCAGAAACCUCAUGAUUAUGCUGUAAUGCCAGUUUCCACCUAUUAGAUUGCCUACCAGCUCCAUGCUUAGGAACACUUUUACGCCCUACACAUUUCGCGAUGCAGUUCAUAAGUGAUCAAUUUUGACAAUAGUCCGUCGCCUGCGCAUAUCAUUAUAGUAUAAAUAAAACCCUAGAAGGUAAUUUCAAUGACCACACAACAAACACUCGAUGAUCUAUUGUCGUUCUUGAUCAUGAUAACUACACUUUGUAUUAGCGAACUAGCCGAUGCCCGCGACUUCACCCGCGUGGAGGUUUAGCGUUAGGUUUUUUGAAAUCCCGUGGGAACUCCUCGAUUUUCCGGGAUAAAAAGUAGCCUAUGUGCUAAUCCAGGAUAUUGUCUAUCUCCAUUCCAAAUUUCAGCCAAAUCCGUCCAGUAGUUUUUGCGUGAAGGAGUAACAAACAUACACACACACAUACAAACUUUCGCCUUUAUAAUAUUAGUGCGUCUUUAUAAUAUAAGUGUGAUCAAAGUUUGGUUUGACUCGCAUGUCGCGUGGCAUGUUAUAAGUGUUUGGUCCAUAGUUAUUUGUCCCCAUCACUUAGGUACCAGUACAAAUCAAUGUAUGUAAGUUUAAGAUGUGAUAAUUUAUAAUAAGAUCUUGUUUUGUUCAGAAUGGGUUUGAUGUGAGGUAUUUUGGCAAUAGACGUUUUAAUUCGUAAGCUCGGAGAGUUUUUUUUAAGAAAUGUGAGCAAGAUGUUUUUGCAUUCCAAUGUGCAUUUUUAUUUAUUUUUAACAAUUAUAUUUAUGGUUUACUUUUUGACUCCCGAUACAAAUAAAGAAAGAAUAAAGACUAGUGCAAGUGGACUUUCAACAGAAAGUGUCUGCAGGUUUACCUUCCAAAAGUUAAAACGUUUGGAAAAUUAAUAAUAACAUUGAAUUGGUGAUGAAAUAAUGUAGUUAUUUUAAUGUUUAAUAAAUUCAAAUUAUGUAUGUGCAUAUAAGUACAUUUAUAGUCUUGUCGCAAUAUUUGGUCUUUCCAAGGUUGAAGAAAACCUUAAAUUAUUGAAAUUCCCUUUGUCUGAUGUGAUAUUUCUCUUCAGUGAUUAUUAUUUAAUACACAAAUUAGUUAUUAAGAAUAUAUUUAUUGGUUUUGGCGAAAUCAGUUAUAAAAACAUAUCUAAAUGUAUUCUUCAGUAAUAUACUAAGUUUAUCACAUUAGUUAUAUUUAAAUGUAUUUAUAAUACUUAGGUUUAGUAUUUAACAUUCAUAGGUAUAAGUACUUAUCGAAUUUAAUUUAGAAUAACUCUGAAUAAAGAGUUAUAUGUGAUUUUGUUAUUCCCGUGGAAUUAGAAAUAGGUACUUACGUAUCUACAACAAUAGGUUUUUGGUUCUGUUGGUAUAUUUGACUUCUACUUCAAAAAAGGACUUUCUCGAUCGAAUGUACUUUAUUAAAGCGUACACACGAACAACUUUCGUCUGCACAACAAUUUGUCUCCCAAUCAAGUUUAUAGCUUUGUAUAAAGUGCCCGAAUAUUGAGACGCGAUAGUUGGGAGACUUUUCUUAGGCUUGAUGCGGGGGAUGAAACUGUACCGUGGGAGACAAAAGUUGCUUGUGUGUGCAUUGAAUUAAUUUCGCUUCUGUAUGAACAUUAGAUAACGCACAAUAAAGAGAUAGGAAAUGUGUUGCGCCACGCGUAUAUCCGAUUGAUUAAAAGCUGCGAAAACUGGUUUAAUAUAGCGGAUGCUUCACGCCACACAUACAGACUAUAGUCUUCAAUUCUGUCGCUAUAUAAAUGUUCAUACAAACGCAAAAUUUAAUUCAACCAAUCUAGAUGACAAUUAUGAGUAAAACAAAAAGUGUAUUAAUGAAAUUGUACAUAAACCCUAUUU